GCCAACCCCCAGCGGAGCCAAAUCUGAGAGUUUGACUGAGAUGAAUUAAUGAUCGGUAAAAUAUACAGACAUGUGACUGAUAUGUGUUAAUGUAGUCUUCCGUUUGUCUUGUAGUUUAUUUACAUGAAGCAGCUCUGCAGCAGAGGGAAGUAAAAGACUUUUAACCGACCAUCACUUCCGCUUUCCUCGCUGCCUUAAACUGACCGGGUUCACGUACUGACAGUCUGGUGUCUAAAGUUCAUUUUAAACAUGAUCAACAACAGAGACACCGAAGCGGAGCCUCGGUUUUACGGCUUUGCCAGAAAAGCUUCUGCGGUUCUUACCCACUUCAUCUGUGUCUUCUUCACUGCAUUCAUCGCAGUUUUGUCUCGACCUGGUACAAGUUGGUUUUCUUGGCAUCCUUUCUUCAUGACACUAGCUUUCUGCUUCCUCAUGACAGAAGCUGUGCUCCUCUUCUCACCUCAUGCCUCCCUCAUCAAAAAGUUUUCACACAAGACCAAAGGCCGUGUUCACUGGGUCCUGCAGGUCCUCUGUGUGUCCUGUGCGGCCCUGGGCCUGGCUGCCAUCUCCUACAACAAACACCUCAACGGGAAGCCCCACUUCACCUCGUGGCACGGCCUGCUGGGCCUGUUCACGGUGUGCGUGGUCGGCGUGCAGUCUUUGGCGGCCCUGCCCCUCAGUUACCAUUCUCUGGCCAAAGGCUGGUCCCUCGCCAAACUGAAGCGCUACCACGCGGCGUCAGGACUCGUCACCUACCUGCUUGGCAGUGGCAGCCUGCUCCUCGGCCUCAGCUCGGCUUGGUUCACUGCAGCUGUCAAGGAACACACAUGGUACCUGUCGGCGCUCUGCCCUGCUUUCUGUGCCCUCAUCAUCAUGAACCAAGUCUCCAGUUCUUACAUGGCUAAAAAGCGGCUGCAGUCCUGACGAAGGACGUGAUACGGACUCUGAGACUCUAAGAGACAGAACUUGCCAUCAGAAUUACUUGAAAGUCAAAAUGGAUUCAAUUUCAUCUGCCACAUGCUUGUCUGUCUUUUCUUAUCUAGCAUUUGCCAAAAAAUAUCCACAAGAUUGCAGUCAUUGGGUUUUUAUCUUUAAAUUUGAUCUUUAAAUCUUAUUUUGCAGUUAAAUGCAUAAGUGUUACAUGUUGGCCUUCGAUGUUUGAUUUCUAAUCAAGAGCAAAAUGAAUGAUAUUCACACCAGUUAAACCAUGAGCUUCAGUUUUUACAGCGGAUGAAAAUGAAAAUGUUGACACGCCGACCUCAAACUGAGAACGCGUGAACUGAGCUGCACACCAGCCGUAUUAAUUAAGCAUGUUUCAGUGGCCUCACACGGCUGCAAGCAAAGGCUUUAGACAUAACUUCUGAAAACCUGUCUGGUUUUAGUCAAACUAAAAUUCAUUUAAUUAAAAAUACACAUGAGUGGUGGGACUCCAGGUUAUUGAACGUCAGUGGUUCUUUGUUUUGUUCAUUUUAAGAAGUUUUCAGUUUGCUUUGGGUCGUUGUCCAUCCGCACUUUGAAAAUCUGCCCUGUCAGUUUUGUGAAAGUGAAGUUUCAUCCGGCUUCUCUCAGGAGUCACAGAGUGAAAACCAGUGACCCAGUUCCAGUUUUAUUGAGACAGAUCCUCUCUAUCCAUUCCUUCUUCUUAAGAACUGCCACAUAGUUUAUUUAGUCACAAGGUUCUACUAUUAUGUUAUCUGAUAAAUCUCCCAUAAAUUUUGUUUUUAAUCUCAGGUCACUUAUUAUUUUCCCGUCUUUUGGAUGAUGGAUGCUGCUGUUUACUGAAAAUUCAGUCAAGUUUAAACAAGCUAUGUUGAAAAAUACGGUCGGAAAUAAAAGCUUUUGUAAAUGA